UUUAUUUUUGGAUCAUCCAAGAAUAACAAACUACAGCCACAGUGCUUGAGGCACCAGAGGGAUCUAAUUGAAGUAAGGUACCUUUGCCUUGUGGGACGGUGUGGAGUAGUAGAGCAGCCAGUCAGUUAGGAGCUUAGUAGGUCAGCUGAGCGUUGUCUUUACUCUGCGUAGCACUCAGCUGGGAUCACACUGUCAUCUGUUGUCCCAGGACCUGCUGCACCGCACAGCUCCAUCAUGUCUCUGAGGCUCCUGCCUGCGAUUAUGAUGGACAAUGACGAGGAUGAUGAUGGAAACUUCACAAAGUGGAUGAGUAGUUACUGGGGUCACGGAGCAGAAGGUGGAAACUCCAGAGAGAGAAAACGCAGCUUCAGAAGACCCGCAACAGCACGAGCUGAUCGAAGAGCAUCACUCCCGACUGUGUCACAAUUAGACGCCAUGAAGCUGAACAAGCUCCACGCGGCGACGAUGGCACCCUCACCCAGCCACCUCAAGACCAGAGAGGAGAAGGGGGAGGUCAGACCCCACCAGAGGGCUCGCCGCGCCUCCUCCGACGACAACAGCCGCUCAAAGUCGUCCAUCCCCGAGAACCGCAUCACCACCAUCCCAGAGCUCACGGAGUCAUUCGAGAAGAGACUCUGUGUUCGUGAUAAGAGGACCAUAUCUCUGAACAAUAACGACAAGUUGUGCCUGAUCUGUCAUGAGGACAUGCGUAAGAGUGGAGGAGUUCAAGAGCUGCACUGCACACACCGUUUCCACAAAGAGUGCAUGGAGCAGUGGCUGUGGAAGAAACAGAUGUGUCCCACAUGUCGUGUCCAUGUGUCCAUAUUGCAGCCUCUCUACUGUUCAUCGUCCCGCACCAAAGUCCCGUAACCUCGGCCCUGCACCUGCACUCGGUCCUGCAUGCCCAUGUGACCCACUGACCCCAAGACCUUCACCACACCUCCAUCCUUCUGCCUGAACUCUGGGAGGGUUUCAUCGAGAUUUCACUUGAGGAGGAAACUUUAAUUUAAUUUAAUCUUCUGUCCAGGAAGGAUGCUGGGCAAACACACUCACACUGUUUAUUUAUAAAUCAUAUAAUUGUCCAAAAAAACAUUUUUGCACGUGUCAUUUACCUUAAAGUAGUAGUUUGACAUUUUGGGAAAUACUCAAAGAAAUAGUCCAGCACCCAACCCCUUUUGCACAGUUUUAACAAAUGAGAUGUUAGCACCAAGCUAGCAAUUUCUGCCUGUUUCCAGUCUUUAUGCUAAGCUAAGCUAACCAGCUGCUGGCUCCAGGUACAUACUGUAUUUAGCUUACAGACAUGAGAGUGGUGUCAGUCAUCUCGUCCAAUUCUCAGCAAGAAAGUAAAUAACUAUUCCUUUAUUACUCACAUAACUGAAACUUUGUUUUCCACCUCAACAGAGUUGAUGUUGAACGUCAGAGUGUCAACAGCAUGUGAGUGUUUGUAUAUGCAAACUAAUUGUGGCGAGUGUGUUUUUUUAUUAAAAGUAGACUUGGUCUUUGUUGACGACAAAACAAAGGGAUUAGUCAGAAAUAAUAAUAAUAAUAAUAAUCACAGCUUCAUGAUGACUAAGCUUUGCUAAUGUGGACGUGAGUGAGUGAAGCUUCAUGUCUCAUGCCUGUAAGUUAUAAAAGUGAACGCCUCCUCCUCAGACUGUGAGCCUAUAGUCAUGCCCAGUUUUCAAUCUGCUCCAUCUUCCUGCCUUACCUCUGCUGUUGUUUUGCAUGUGAAGCGUUUUGCAUGUGAGGUCUAGUCGACUGUCGUCUCUACUCUGUCGGGCGUCCGAGCGUCUCUGCUGUGUUGCAUGUCUGCCAAAUGAGAGAUUACAGCGUCUGAUACAUGUCCAGCAAAUCUGGACUGCGUAUACCGUGGGGUCCAAAGAGUCUGUACAUAACACUGUAUAUAAAUGUAUAACUAACUUUAAAAAUAUAAAGAAUUGUCUUUCAAUGUAUAGCAUGUUGAAUACUACAUUACUUUUAAUUUAUUUGACUCAUACUAGCUGUGGUUAAUUCAGUCACUAACCAGUGAAUCCUGCUGUGAUCUGGUUUGUAUUUCUGUCCAGCCAGAAUGAAUCUGUUGCACUCUGCAGAUAAAGUUUAUUAGGAUUAGCUUUAGUAUAAAUGUAAUUUAUUUUUCACUUUUCUCAAAGGGACAUGAUUAUAAGUCUAUUUAAGCUACACUUGCUGCCCUCUCUGUGAGUCACACAUUUGGGUUUUUGGACUGUCUUUCACGUGUGACCUAUUAAACAUUUUGCUGUUUGUCCUACAUUUGAAAACAUUUUUACUCAGACCCCAAAAUAAAGAAAAUCCCUGUGUAAAGCAGAUUCACAUUGCCAAGACUUUAACGGCUGAAGUGACUCUACGAUCAACACAGAGGAAACCAGAGGGAGCAUCAGUCCUCAGCUGCUGUGUUCACUGUCCUUCUCUGACUGUUGUGGUCUUGUAUUCUUAAAAUAAAGACAUGCUGAU